GGCCUCCUCCGGGGCUUCAGCAAACCUCACGCGCAGGCAGCGCCUUGGCCAGCCCGGCCAGCGCGCGAGGACCCCGUACGGCCAAUAUGGCUGCGCCCGUAAGGCAGGCGCGCAGCCUGCUCGGGUUGGCGAUGACCCUAGGCCCGGGCUCCCGCGCCUACCGAGCGCCUCCGCCCCCGCGCCGCUCAAAGGGGCCCUGGUGGCCCGACCCGGAUGACCCACUGACCCCACCCUGGCAGCUGGGGCCGCGCUACGCAGCUAAGCAGUUCGGGCGGCACGGCGCCGCCUCCGGUGUGGCCGCCGGUUCUCUGUGGCCUUCGCGGAAACAGCUGCACGAGUUGGAGGCUGAGGAGCGCGAAUGGUACCCGAGCCUGGCGGCCAUGCAGGAGUCGCUGCGGGUGCAGCAGUUGGCCGAGGAGCAGAAGCUACGAGCCAGGGAGCAGCUCAUUGAAGAGCGCAUGGCCAAGAUGCCACAGAUGAUUGAGACCUGGCAGCGGCAGCAGCAGGAGCGCAGGGAGAAGGAGCGAGCGGACAAGGAGCGGAGGGCUCGGCUGCAGGCUGAGGCCCAGGAGCGCCUGGGAUACCACGUGGACCCGAGGAGUGCCCGCUUCCAGGAGCUGCUGCAGGACUUGGAGAAGCAGCAUCGCAAGCGCCUCAAAGAGGAGAAACAAAGAAAGAAGAAGGAGGCACGAGCUGCUGCGAUGGCCGCUGCUGCAGCCCAGGACCCAGCAGACUCUGCGACACCCAGCUCCUGAGUGGUGUUCUUUCCCAAUAAAACCUGCUGCCUGACAGCCCCACCCCUGAA